AUCGAUCCCUUAUUAAGAAAUUUCCUUUUUGAAAUACCUACAAUUAUAUCCACUUAUUAGCCUCGAGUUCUGUAGCCUAUCGGCUAUAGCAUUUCAAAUUUUCAUCUCAAUUUAAAAUUAUUACCAUUCGAUUUGGAGAUGUUUCGUUGCCGCCAAAUUCACUGAAAAAUUCUCGCUCACUUUUAUAUACGACUCAAAAGAGCCCAAUUUUCCAAUCCCAAAAAUCCAUGGCGCCAACUUUUUGGCGCCAAGUCCUCCCGCCAAGGUUCCCCGCGCCACCUACUGCUCUCUGUUUAUAACCCAAACGACUAACAAGAAAACCACCAACCAUUCGUUGAAAUUUCCCCAAGAAAAUCAGCCCACCCUCAUACUAGCUGUUAGCCUAAUUGAUCAUGGUAGUCUCUUUAGGUCCCGGCAAGUUCUAUGGUAGUAGCCUCCCUCGCCCUCGUAUCUACACCGACGUAAAGCUGAAUCCACAUAGGGUGGAUCCACCUGUGCCCGUCAUGGACCCCUUGCUCUCCUGGGCAGAGGAGGCUCAUUGGUCUAUGGGUGGUCUUAGCUUCAAGCGUCUCCGCCUUCAAGGCCGCAUCGAGGGCAAUGUCAACAAGCUCCGUAAGCACCGCGAGAAACUAGCAAAGUUACAAGUCAGUAAUAGCCCCAAAGUCUCAAGAGGUCCACUACCAGGUGGGGUUAAAGCUAAGAACGAGAACAACAGGAAGAGGGUUGGCUCUGAUUCUCCGCCUCCGGCUCCUAUGGUGACAAAAAGAAGGAGAUUUAUGGAUUUGUUUGACGAGGAUAGUGAAGAGGAAGAACAACAGGUUACGGAGAAGGUGGAGGCUUCUGGUAAGAAGAAGCCGGUGAGAAAGCUUGUGGGAGACUUCGAAAAGGUAGCUAAGGAGAAUGAUGUGAAUAAGAUUGGAAAGACUAGUGAUGCGGUCAGGGUAAGUACAAGGAGAAGGGGGUUGGAGAAAGGCGGUACCGGUGGUGUGGGUGAUGCGGUGAUGAAGGUGGUUGAGGAGUUGAAUAGAGAGGAUUUUGGGGUGAAGAAAUUGAAGGGUGGAAAGAAGGGCAAAAGUGAUGGGGAGAAUGGGUCCAGUUCUGGGAAUGGUGUUAGGACUUCGCCAAGAUUGGCAAAACAAAGGUCAAAAUUAGAUCUGUGAUUAUGAUGUAUGUUAAGGUUGAUCCUGAUAUAAUCAUAUAGCCUAGUUCUAGUUUUCUUCUUUUUGUUUUUUCCAGUUUCCUUGUUUCAGAAAUUGAUGUUCAUGAGAACACAAGGGAUUAGUUUUUCUUGAAUGUAUUUUUCAUAAUACUCUAGCUAAAUUUUAUUAAUACAGUUUGCCUUGCUAAA